AUGUCAGCCGGAAUCUCUGUUGCUGCCUCCAAUGGCAGUCGAUUCGACAAUGUCUGGGUCCGUGAUAACAACGUCAAGGACUGUGGUGGCGGUGCUAUCAAAGUGCGCCCAGGACAGGCUGGCAACCUGGGUGAAACGAUACGUGUAUCACAUAACACUAUUGAUGCUUGCGGCGGAGACGGAGUCAUUAUCGCGUAUGCCGAGUCGCCGUCCAUUGACCACAAUACUGCUAGCAACUUGGGAACAGGGAAAUAUCCCUGGACCGGAGGAAACUUCGCCGGAAUGUGGGUUAUGGUCACGAACAAUCCUGUGAUCCGUCAUAAUGUUGUGUUCGGAAGCAUCAUGAGUGUAUACGAUAGCCAGGCUUUUGACUGUGAUUGGGGUGUCACUGGCACCUGCCUGGUCGAAUACAAUUAUAGUCACGACAACGCUGGUGGUGCUUUCCUGAAUUGUGAUGGAUGUGGUUCGUCUGGUGCUCCCACACAGGUUGUCCGAUAUAACAUCUUUGAGAAUGACUGCCGCAUGAUCAGCGUUGGUGAGAUGCCAGAGUUGUGGUUUUAUAAUAAUGUUGUCUACUGCCCGAAACAAGACUUCAAUAUCAAUGUUCCACCGAACUCCCACUUCAUCAACAACAUCUUCGUAGGCACAUCAAACGCGACCCUUCCCACGGGAAGCGGAAUCGACUGGCAGACCAACUUCUUCCAAACCAUCACUCCGCCAACCGAGAAUGGCCUUAUUGGUGACCCUGGCUUCGUCAACCCGAGGGUCGCAGGAGACACGCUUGGUGCCGCAUUUGGAUAUCGGAUUCAAAAUGGUUCGGCAGCACUCUUGAGCGGCACUGUUAUAGAAAACAAUGGGAAUAUGGAUUAUUUCGGCGCGGAUGUAUCCAAUUAUACCAAACCUAAUGUUGGGGCAUACAAUGGCGCUGGUGUCUGA